AUGUCCAGUGAAGAAGAUAAACCACCGGCUCCACCAGUACGUCUCACCAGCAAUCGUGGUGGUGAUCGUGUGGGAGGUUCCAUAACAGGGAGUGGUGGUGAUGGACCACCAGUCGAUAUGCGCCCCCUGCCAAAAGAACCCGAUGAUCCAGAUCGCAAGAAAAAAACUCUGAAAAAUAAAAUCAAAGGCUCUAAGCCAUCACAUCAGGAUUCAAAACCGAAUAUAUCGUAUCCCACAAAUUUCGAACAUACUGUACAUGUGGGUUUCGAUGCGGUUACAGGAGAAUUUACGGGUAUGCCGGAAGCAUGGGCACGUUUGCUUAUGAAUUCGAAUAUCAGCAAACAAGAACAAAAGAAAAAUCCUCAAGCUGUAUUAGAUGUGCUCAAGUGGUUCGAUAAUACCACCAAACAGAGGCCAAGUUCCAAGUACAUGACAAAUGCCAUAACCACACAUUCGGGAUCCUCAUUAAGUCGAGUUAGCAGCAGCAGUCCCAGCAGUACACCCACAGACAGUGAGCUGCAUGGCUCAAACAGUGGUGGCAAUUUAAUUGGUGUCAACAUUAGCAGUUUGAAUAUUGGCGGUUCAAAUUCCAGUGGCGGUUAUGUUGGCAAUCAUCAUACACCUUCCCAUCAACAUCAUCAACAGCAACAUCAUUAUCAACAACAGCCACAACCACCACAUCAUCUCCAUCAAUCGCCACAAAAUGCCUCAUCGCAUCAUCAACAGACCGCCGGUUGUGCUGCUGGUCAACAUGCUACAAUUAGUCAAUCACAUUCAUAUAAUUUUGGUGGCAAUACAGCCUCAUCGUCAUCGCAACAUUCAUCGGCGAAUGAAGAUGAUAUUUUGGGUACACCACAACCGCCACCACCUCCUAUUGCCUCACGGCCCGAACGUACGAAAUCCAUAUAUACACGACCCAUAGAAGAUGUUGUACCGCAACAGCCUGCUGUUAUAACGCCCAUAUUACCACCGCCAACCGCGGCACCUGCGACCACACCAACAACACCACAACAUAACAAUGUGGCCCAGCCACAAUUUAAAACGCCAACAACAGUGGCAGCCGCCUCAACAUUGGACAAGAAUAAAAAUAAUGCGAAUUUGUAUGCCGCCAACGAUACAAAUACAAAUAAUCUGACAGCAGCAACGGCAGGGGCAGCACCAGGUGCUGCCACCGUUGCUGGCCCACAAGCGACGACGGCGGGUACUACCACCACAACAGGUGGUACAACAACCACACAACAACGAUCUGGAGCUGCGAAAAAGAAGAAAAUGUCCGACGAAGAAAUUCUCGAGAAGCUACGCACCAUUGUCUCCGUUGGCGAUCCCAAUCGUAAAUACACGAAAAUGGAGAAAAUCGGCCAGGGAGCCUCGGGCACCGUCUACACCGCCAUUGAAUCUUCCACUGGCAUGGAAGUGGCCAUCAAACAAAUGAAUCUAUCCCAACAGCCGAAAAAAGAACUGAUCAUCAAUGAAAUUCUCGUUAUGCGAGAAAAUAAACAUCCGAAUGUUGUCAAUUAUUUGGACAGCUAUUUGGUGUCGGAAGAACUGUGGGUGGUUAUGGAAUACCUGCCAGGUGGUUCGUUAACCGAUGUUGUAACGGAAACCUGUAUGGAUGAGGGACAAAUUGCGGCAGUGUGUCGUGAAGUGUUGCAGGCACUAGAAUUUUUGCACUCCAAUCAGGUUAUACAUCGUGACAUCAAGAGUGAUAAUAUCCUGCUUGGGUUGGACGGUUCGGUGAAGCUGACCGAUUUCGGUUUUUGUGCACAAAUCUCACCGGAACAAUCGAAGCGGACAACAAUGGUGGGUACACCAUAUUGGAUGGCACCCGAAGUUGUGACACGAAAACAAUAUGGGCCGAAGGUCGAUUUAUGGUCACUCGGCAUCAUGGCCAUUGAAAUGGUAGAGGGCGAACCACCCUAUCUGAAUGAGAAUCCAUUAAAAGCCUUGUACCUCAUUGCUACAAAUGGCAAGCCUGAAAUUAAGGAAAAGGAAAAACUAUCGGCAGUAUUUCAAGAUUUUCUCGAUCAAUGUCUCGAGGUGGAGGUUGAUCGUCGGGCUAGUGCAAUGGAACUGCUGAAGCAUCCAUUCUUAAAAUUGGCUCGUCCAUUGGCCAGUUUGACACCAUUGAUUAUGGCCGCCAAGGAGGCCACCAAGGGUAACUGAUUAAAGCAGCAACACUGAUUUCUGUUGAAACUUUUUUCUUAAACAAAAACAAAAAAUUAUUAUUCUAUAUAUAAAAAUUGUUUUAUU